GGCUCCACUGAAGCCCGUCUGCUGGCAGAGGCACGUCGUCAGGCUGUACAUCUGCUGCACGCUCCUCUUCCUCCUCUUCCUCCACCUGCUCAGCGUGGCGGCGGAGCGACACUGUCAGGUUGACCGUAUGGACGGCUGCACGAUGACGACUAUGGAGCUGAAGCCGUGCAUCGAGUACCACGACCUGGAGGCCGCCGAGGCGCUCGUCAGCAUGAGCUUCUGGGGUCAACGGUCGCACAAGCCCCGCCCACUGACCCCCACCUCCGACUCCUGCGACUCCAUCCAUCUCCACCCGGAGGGGGGGGACGCUCCCAAAGACCUGAUCGCUCUGUCCUCACUGUGUAUGACUCCACCUCACAGUCCGAGCUUUGCCGAUGCCUCCACCACCAGCUCCGCCCCGAGCCCCUGCGGGCCAGUCUUACCCCGCCCUGUCCUCAGCGCCGCCUCAGAGACCUCAGCACUUCCACCUCAGACGCAGUCGUCCUGUGCGGCUCCGCCCGGCAGAGCGAUGCUCACCAGUGUCAUCCGCCACACCGCCGACAGCCUCAGCAUUCCUCCAUCCGCCGCCACUUGGCCGACAGAAGCCUCCACGCCGCCUCAGCCGGGAGCGGCACGGACUCUUCCAGAGGAGAAGGGCGGCGCCGACAGCCCGUGCUCUCUUCCUCCUCUCCUGCACUCCUCCCCGCUGUCUUCCUCCGCGCCGGUCCUCUGCCAGGUGUUCCCUGUGAGCAGCCGGACGGGGAUGAUCUCCGCCUUCGUGCAGGCUCCGCUUCAGGUGCAGACUCCCGGGGGGCACAAGUCCAUCCUGCCGCAGUCUCCUUCCAGCUUUGCGCAGCCCCUGCUGGUGGGCUCCACCAUGCCGCAGGGGACCGUGAUGUUCGUCGUCCCCCAGGCGUCCGUCUCCCAGGCGCCGCAGGGCCCGCAAACUGUCAUGACCCUGGGCAACACAAAGCUCCUCCCCCUGGCCCCGGCCCCCGUUUACAUGCCGACGGGAGCGUGCGGCGGCGUCUCGCAGGCCGACUUCUCCCGCAGACGAAACUACGUCUGCAACUUCCCCGGCUGCAAGAAAACCUACUUCAAGAGCUCCCACCUGAAGGCUCACCUGCGCACACACACAGGCGAGAAGCCCUUCAGCUGUCACUGGGAAGGCUGCGACAAAAAGUUUGCCCGCUCCGACGAGCUCUCCCGCCACCGCCGGACGCACACCGGCGAGAAGAAGUUCGCCUGCAACGUGUGCGACCGGCGCUUCAUGCGCAGCGACCACUUGACCAAACACGCCCGGCGGCACAUGACCACCAAGAGGGCGUCAUCGUGGCCCGCCGAGACCCGAGACCUCAACAAGGUGGCGCUGACCAAGGGCCCAAACAGAGGCCCCGCACUUCCUAUCGGCAUGCUGGUGUCCACCGCCAACUAACAGGAGCCUCAACUCAGGACCCCGAACUGUGACUUUCAAUCAGCUCCACAUCAGGAGGAUCUUUUCUACAAAUCAAACUCUGCUGGUCAGACACUGAGCGCCGGCUGCGUGUACAUGAACGACAACAUUAAAACACAAUAAUCCUUAAAAAAAAAAAUGCAACAAAUCGUCCUGAAGGUGGCGCUCGAGCUUUGUCUAAAUCAAGAGGGUUUAUCUUCUGUACGGUGGCCUUUUUAGGACAGACUUCUUCCAGCUGUAUUUUGAGCUGAAUGCUAACGUUAGCAUGUUAGCAUGGUAAUGUCAUAUAAUGUCAACAUGCUGAUGUUUAGCACACGCGCUAACAUUUAGUAUGUAAAGCUUAGCGUGUUAGCAUGCUAUCCUGCCAACUUUAAUAUGCUGACAUUCGUGCAAUUAGCAUGCUAAUGUUAGCAUGUUGUUUGGAAGGGGAGCUCAUCUAUGCUCCCCAGCUCAAUAUCCUCAUAAUGACUCAUUUGGAAGACUUUUUAAAGGGUUUAUAUUUUAUAUUUUACAUUUUACUUCAUAUUUCAAAUCUGUUUUUAUACAUAUAAACUAGAGCUUCAACAAUUAGUCGAGCAACAGAAAAACUAAGUAAUUUCUGAGGCAAAAAUGUCUUUAAAUGCUGUUUUCAGCCUCUCAAAUAUGGAGAUUUCCAGCUUUUCUCUGUUUUAUAUCAUAUUAAAAGUGAAUAUCUUGAACUGACAAAACAAGACAUUUAAAAACUGGGGUGGACAUGUUUCACUGUUUUCUGACCUUUUAUAGAGCACACUAUUAAUCCAGAAAAUAAUGUGCAGAUUAAUCGGUAAUAAAAAGGAUAGCUAUAGUAUAUAAACACUGUUGAAAAGUGUUUUAACUUUAAUUUUCCACCACAGUUGCUGUGUUUGGAAACCAGAAUAAAGUGCCCGGGUGAUUCAAAAGACUAAAAUAUGAGUGUUUGUAUGACAUAAUUAACGAGAGUUAAAUAAUAAUUGAAUUAAAGUCGUGUAGGCGGAGCCGGAGCAGCCAGCAGAGGUCAGAGCGAGUUUUUCCCGCCCUGCUCAGGACAUUUUAUUCCCACAAACUCACGGGAGGAGGAGGAGGAGGAGGAGGACGAAGGCGACAGGCUGCUAUUCAUCCACGGACAGAAACCAACAAAAACCUGACAUUGCACUGGAUUUUUUAAAUCUUGCUUGUUUUUGUACUCUCUCCGUGUAUAAUCAUGUUUACUUCAUGUGUAAAUGUCACGUUUAGCAAAAAUGUAUGCACUCUUUAUUUUUUGCCAAAGCCUCUGUAUCGUGCUUUUAUUAUUAUUAUUAUUAUUAUUAUUAUUAUUAUUAUUAUUAUUAUUAUUAUUAGCCUACUUUUGUUAAUUUGUCUGACUGUAAAUGUUGUAAAUAUAUUGAUAUCUAUAUAAAUGUUACGUGUAUUCCAAUCUGCAUUUAUUGACAGUACGAGUUGAUAUUUUUUAAACGUCAGUGGACAGUAUUCCUCACUGUGAUGCUACCUACUAUCUUUGCUUUACACAAUUGUUAUUUAAUAAACAUUUGUUGAGGAAAAAGUGCAGUUUUUAUUUGAUAGCCUGAUUUGGCCCAUAGUGUAGCCAGUAAGAAAAUACCUCGUUAUUAAAUGUUAUUCUUAAUAAUAACGGCUUAUAUCGGAAUAAACACAUUUCUGAACAUUUGCCUGUAAGCGAUGUUGAAGAAUAUGGUUUUUAUAAUAAAAAUUUACCACGAAAAUACA